AUGGCGCCAACGAAAAAUCAUUACGAUCUUGCUGCCUCUGCAGCCGCUCAUGUUGGACCUGUCGAGGACAUCGAUUUCAGCUCGGGGAGCAAACAAAUUGCUACCGUCGGAAACGGCUGUCUGAAAUUGUGGACGAUUGAUUCGAACAGGCUCAAGUGGCCUAGUUGCAUAUCAGGUCUUGCCUUGGACUAUGUUGUGGUCAUACCAGUUACCGACUCGAAUGCCAACCACUGCGAUCAUUCACCCAUCCCAUUCGUCGCAAUGUCCCACUUCUCGUUUCUUCUGCUCUUCAAGGGUCUCACAUAUGACAGUGACCCUAGCCCUUACCUAAUGGACUAA